AUGUUUAAUAGGUUAAAGAACUUCUCAGAAGAUGUGGCCAAAACAUUCAAUGACAUGAAUGAUGUGCCGAAGAACAAUCCCAUAAAUCAACUCAAACAAAAUUCCAAGAUCCUAGCCACUUCAACUCCAAGUGAAUCUGAUUUGGUUCAACCUACUGAUGAACCAGUUGAUUCAGAUCAACCCACCAAUCCUCGAGACAUUUCCACUGAGACUGACCCCAGUACAACUGGAGAUAUCCCUAGUGAAAUAACAACUGCCAGAAGUACACCAAUUCCAGGUAAACCUGUAGAUUCCCCUACUCGAGGCAAUACAGCUUCCCCCAGUUCUAAUGCGAACCCUGAUGGUAUAGAUCUCGAUCAAUUGUCUCCAAUCUUAAGGUCAAAAAUGAAGAAGUUCUACAAAUAUGAAGAGAAAUAUCCUAUUUUAUUGGAUGCCUUUAAAGUGGAGAAAAAGAAAGGUGAAUUGGUGAAAAUGUUCGAAAAUGUCUUGAAAGAACAUACACCUAUCCUGUCUAUCAGUGAUGCUGGGAUGUUGGUAGAUUUCAUCAAAGGAUUAAACGAGAAGAACCAGUUGGUUAAUGAUGAGUUGAAGAAACAAAUAAAUGUCAAUUCCGGAUUGAAAAGAGUUCGAAGAGACUUGGAAGAAGAAAAUAAGAAAUUAAAGGCUGAGGUUGAAAGCUCAAAGGGAGCAGAUGAUCUGGAAAAAGAACCUGAAGAGCUCCAGAAAGUCAAAGGUUUGAUUGAGAAGCUACAAACUGAAAACGAUAGCUUGAAGACAGAGAAUGACAGUUUGAAGACUGAAAACGAUAGUUUGAAAGCUGAAAAUUCCAAGUUAGGAGAAGAAAAAUCGAAUUUGGAGAGUCUUAUCACAGAAAAAGACCUUAAACUUGAAUCAGAAUCGAAAAAUAUUUCUUUAAAGGUUGAAGGAUUACAAACAGAAUUGAAAGAAACCCAAAUAAAGUUAAAAGAAGCCCAAACAGAGGCUGAACAAACGCAUAGUAAGUUGAAAGAAGCUCAAAUGGAGUUGGAAUCGACAAAGACUCAAUUGGAACAAGCCGAAUCAGAAUUGCAAGAUAAAUCCAAUGGUCCAGAUGUCGCAAAUACUACUGAAGAGGUUAAAGAAUCUAAUGGAAAAGGUAAUAAGAAGAAGAAAACCGUUCCAAAAGCCCAGUUCGAUAAGUUGACACAAGAACUCAAAACAUUAACCGCCACCCAUCAAACCUUGAAGAAGCAGCAUGAAGCCAAAACCGAAGAUGUAGAGAAUUUGAGAGAUCUGUUGAAAGACAUUGGUAAUGAUUUGACCGAAGCAAGAGAUAAAGCCAAAGCUUCACAAGCCGAAAUUACCAAACUUCAAGAAGAAAUCAAUGAGUUGAACUCUCAAAUAGAAACCUUGAGCAAGGAGAAGACUGAUUUGACUCAAGAAAAGGCUGAACUCCAGAAAAAUCUCGAACAAGCCAAAAACAACAAAACCGAAACUUCUUUGAAGUUGGAAUUAUCAUCAGUGAAAUCUUCUAUCGAACACAAAGACAAAACCAUCGAAACACUCACACAAAAAGUUAAGGAUCUUGAGGUAAAAGAACUGAACCUCGAGAAAUUGACUGAACAAUACAAAGCCAUAAAUAAAGAGAAGAAUGAUCUUUUCAACAAACAAGAAUAUUCAUUCAAGGAAACUAAAGCCUUGAGGGAGGAAGUGACAAAAUUAAAGUCUUCGAAUUUGAAAAUUUCUAAUGAUUUUGAAACAUUGAAAGCAAAAUAUGAUAGUGUUAAUAAGUCGAAGAAUGAGAUUUUCAACGAAUUCCAGAUUGUGAAGCAACAAUACGAAGAGUUGAUGAUGAAGAGCCGUGAAAGUGGUAGUAGAAUCGAUAACUUGGUCGACGAAUUGACAGAGCAUCAGAAAUUAUUGAAUGAUAGAACUAAAGAAACCACCUCCAUAAAGAAGAUCUUGGUAGAUACUCAGCAACAAUUCAAAGACCAAAAACAUGAAUUUGAUGAAGCUUUGGCCAGAGUUAACCAAGAAAAAGUCACGUUGGAAUCGGAGUUCAAUGUUUCUCUUAAGAAAAAACAACGGGAAAUAGAUGAACUCAAAUCAAUCACUCAAAACUAUCUCCUUAAGAUCACUGACCUUGAGAAGAAUAACCACGACCUCAAAACCAACCGUCCUCCUCCAGUAGAAUCUAACGAUGAAUUGGUAUCCACCCUACGAAACUCUUUGGAAGAGUCUAGUGCCAAACUUGAUGAGUUCAAGGAGUUGAACAAUGUUCUCAAGAGACUCAAUGAUGAGAGUAACUUGAAGUUUGAGAAAUUGAGUAAGAACUAUAAACUUUUGACUCAACAAUAUCGAAUGUUGGAAUCCAAGAAGCCCGUUGUGGAAGUCAAGGAAGAAGCAACCAAAGGUCCAAAUAUCGAUUACUUAAAGAAUGUAUUGAUUGGAUUCUUUGAACACAAGGACCAAAGAGAUAGAUUGUUGCCUGUGUUGAAAACGUUGUUUGAAUUGACUAAAGAUGAAGAAAGGAAGAUGUUAAUAGCAUUAAAAUAA